AAAAAGAAGAAGAAUUAUUGCACAAUAACUGAUCCUGUCAGUCCGAUUGAUUCUGAGUAAUUUUGAAAUCAGAAGUCUUCUUGCGGCAAGAUGUCGAAGCUCUUUGUUCCUCUGGUGCUCCUGGCCGAGGCUCUUGGCCUAGCGUCCUGUAUCCUGAUUGGACUGUGGAUGGGGAAAUAUCUUGGUGGGUUUGCUUGGGAUGGAUCUAGCCAAGAGUUCAAUCUUCAUCCGGUGCUAAUGGUAACAUCUAUGGUCUUCCUCUAUGGAAAUGCCACCAUGAUUUACCGCAUUUUCACUGGAGUCAAUGUACCUCGCAUCGCUGUCAAAGCAACACACGCUGGAGCUCUAAUACUGGCAACUAUUAUGAUGUCCGUGGGAUUGGCAGCUGUCUUUCAAAAUCAUAAUGCAAAUGGAAUCCCUAAUAUGUACAGCCUUCACAGCUGGUUGGGAAUAGCCACAGUCUCCAUGUUCCUGUUGCAGCUUGUACUAGGUUUAGGGAUCUUUCUACUUCCCUUUGCAUCCAGCCAGCUGCGUGCAUCCUACUUAUCAUCCCACGUCUUCUUUGGUAUUGCUAUCCUGUCCAUGUCAGCAGCCACAUGUCUAGUCGGCAUCAUGGAGAAAAUAUUUUUUUCAGAGAUUAAAUAUUCAGCAUUGCCUGCACCAGCGAUUAUUGCAAAUGCAGCGGGAAUGGCCAUUGUUGCUUUCGUCGUCACUGUAGCAUACAUCCUUACCACCGACAAGGCUGCUUCUCCAUCAAAUAGAAACUACUCCAAUCUCCAGUAGCAUCUCAAGGUGCCUGUCAUAGUAAAAGAGAGAGAGAGAGAGAGAAAAAAAAAAGAGCCCCCCAAAAGAGC